UACCUCUCCUCAGAUGCAGCUUAAUCUAGCACUCUAUACUUUAAAUUUUUUAAACAUUUAUAGAGAUCAGACUACUACUUCUGCAGAACAACAUCUUACGGGUAAAAAGAACAGUCCACAUGAAGGAAAACUGAUUUGGUGGAAAGACAACAAAAAUAGGACAUGGGAGAUAGGGAAGGUGAUAACCUGGGGAAGAGGUUUUGCUUGUGUUUCACCAGGAGAAAAUCAGCUUCCUGUUUGGAUACCCACUAGACAUUUGAAGUUCUACAAUGAACCCAUCGGAGAUGCAAAGGAAAGCGCCUCCACGGAGACGGAAACACCGCAAUCAGGCACCAUUGACUCGCAGGAUGAAUCAAGUGGUGAUAUUAGAAAAACAGAUGAAGUCACCAUGCACCAAGAAGGCGGAGCUGCCAACCUGGGCACAGUUAAAGAAGCUGACACUGUUAGCUAGAAAAAGCCUAGCUAGCACAAAGUGUGCCGGACCAGUCGAAGAAUCCUGCACCAAAAUCGAGAGAACGAACAAGCCUUCAUCGCCAUGGCACAUUUAUAUAGAGGAAAAGGGAGGGAGAAUGUUGCGGGAAGUCAGGGACCUUGAACUGAGGGACUGGCUGAAGCCACAGCAGAAAAGCAUAAAAUAUGAAGAUUUCAUGGACAUUUUAUUAGUUUUCCAAACUUUAUACUUUUGUAAUAUCUUAUGUCUUUACUUUAAUCUUUUAAUCCCAUCAUCUUCUUUGUAAGCUGAGGAGGAUAUAUGUCACCUCAGGACCCUGUGAUGAUUGCCUUAACUACACAAAUUGUUUGUAAAGGACGUGUGUUUGAACAAUACGAAAACUGGGCAUCUUGAAAAAA